GACCUUUGUUUCAUCUCACAAUCUAUGUACGCUGAAUAUGGCGUGGUUUUACUUUCUAUGCUGCCUCUGUCUUUAUUUCAGUCUGCCCGCUGUCAGUCUUGCAUACAAGAUCGACCAAUCAUGCACACAGAAAGGAAUUGAACAAGAUGUUCGGAAUGCGAUGACAUCUGCCUUCGAAAUGGCUGAUGCCGCCAUUAAACUUCUGACUGCGAACCCUAGGAAUUCAGAUACCAUCGAACUGCUGGGCUUUCUUUUCGCAAAGGACGGCGUGGACCCAAGGCAGCUUCUCGAUAACGGCGGUCUAGAGAAGACAACUCAAGUUUUACGCGCAAUCAACAAUUUGUACCGAGACGAGGUGACUGGCAACGCACCCGUGUCUAUCAACGACGUAAUAAUAUUCUGCCAUUACGAUCGCUUCAAGCUCAUCGAUAAGAAAAAGAAGCUUUAUCGGGAUCUGAGCAAUGGAAUUGCGCUCAAGUUUGACGAGCAGCAAUGUCGAGGUAGUAUGAUGGACAGGAUUUCUCUUGCCGUCACCGUCAAUCCCAUCUCUGAUGAAGAUGUGCUUAUGAAUGGCGUAAAGAUGAGUCCGGAAAAGCCAACCCAGAUUCAGCUGUGCCUAUGGUUCGUUGACUGGAUCAAAGACCGGAGAUUCAAGUUGCACAACGACGUCGCUAGGUCGAAUAUCGGUAGGGCGGUGAUAAAGCUUGCAGAAUCGAAGAAUUUCGGUUUGAGACAAAUUGAUGCGUUCUCGCUUUUAGACAAAGUCCUUCUACACGAAAUGACACACGGUCGAGGCGCAUAUACGAAUACAAACACUGAUGUCGAAAACGUAGAGGGCCAAGUGGGCUUGGCGGAUGUGAGUAGUCCGAAUGGCUUCCUCGCGUUAUUCGGCUGGGCCGCAUACGGCUGGAAGGCGGCGAUGGAACUUGCUCGUAAGGGCGACAAUCUUGGUGGAGAGAACGCGCCAGACAAUAAUGCGGACACAAUAGCUCUGCUGGGAAGUGUCUGCAAACUUAUGGAUGACCCAAGCAAUCCGAGAAAGGUUGAUGUAAAGGGCAGGAUCAUUCCUCGCAAAUGA